AUGGUUGAAAUAAAUGUUCAAGGAAAGAAUGCGUUAAUAACUGGUGGUACUAGGGGUCUAGGAUUACAUAUUGCUGAGAGUUUUGUUCUCAAUGGUGCUUCUACAGUUAUAAUUACAUCUAGAAAAAAAGAUGCUUGUGAAAGUGCUAAACAGGAACUUGAAAAGAUUGCUUCAGAUAGUCAAAAAGAGGUCAAAAUCAUUGCAAUUCCUUGUGAUAUUUCGGUAGAAGAGAACGUAAAGGAAUUUUUCAGUCAAGUUUCAAAACAAAUUGAUAGAUUAGAUAUAUUGAUUGCAAAUGCAGGAGCUACAUAUGGAGCACCUUUGAAGGAUCACCCAGUAUCAGCAGUGAAAAAGGUUAUACACUUAAACAUCACAGGUGUUUUCCAUACGAUUCAAUUAUUUACACCGUUAUUGGAAGCCUCGGGUGCAAAAUCUGACCCAUCAAGAAUUAUAAUUGUUUCGUCGGUAGCGUCGUUCAUAGCUACAGACUUUGGUGGAACAUAUGGCUAUUUAGCUUCUAAAGCAGGAGUUGCCCACUUAGGUAAGAAUUUGGCAUUGCAAUUAGCACCACGCAAUGUGACUGUGAAUACAAUCGCACCUGGUUUCUUCCCAACUAAAAUGACAAAGGGUUUAAUGUCAGCAAAGAACACUGAAAUGAUCGAAGGAAAUCCUCUUAAGAGGCUUGGAACUAAAUCUGAUAUUCAAAACUCGGUACUAUGGUUAUGCUCAAAGCAGUCGAAUUAUAUUAAUGGUAUUGUAUUGCCAAUCGAUGGAGGCUUACACUUAGUGGGUACUUCGAAUUUAGCUCACUUAUAA